CCGGAGCGCUGUCCAGUGUUCUGAAGCGUGAGUGUGUCAAUCAUCUCUCCGUCUAAACGCCUUCAUCUCUUGGAGACUUUGAAGCUUUUACAUGUAUAAAGCCAUAUGCACACGGAGGAGAAGAACACCCUGUUUUGUGUCUGAUGUUUGAGGUGUGAUCAAGGGAUAAUUAAGCUGAUGGAGGUGUCCGGUGGGUCUCUGUGUAACGGCGUGUCGGAGCAGCGGUCAGUGUUCCUGGUGUCUGAGUCACACGGUCAGCAGGUGCUCGGUGUUCUUCAAGGUUUCAGAGAGAGAGGAGUUCUGUUCGACUUCAGCAUCCGUGUGCAGGAGGAGACGCUGCCGUGUCACCGCUGUGUUCUCGCCGCAUGCAGCGACUUCUUCAGGGCGAUGUUUGAGCUGGACAUGCGGGAGCGUGAUGACGGCACCGUGACCCUCAGUAACCUCUCGACGCAGGCCAUCCACACCUUCCUGGAUUUUGCGUAUUCUGGUAAAAUAGAAAUCAGAGAAGACAAUGUGGACAUGCUGUUUCAACUGGCCUCUUUCCUGCAGGUGGGCUUCCUCUCUCGCGCUUGCAGUGACUUCCUGGUCCAAAUGCUGGAUCUCUCCAACUGCCUGCAGCUGUUAGCGCUCGCUGAGGGUUACGGCUCCUCGCAUCUCCUGCGUCGCGCAACUGACUUCGUCACGCAAAACUUCCACGCACUUUCCUCCGCUCCAGACUUUCUGGAGAUGCCGGUGUGCGUCUUGGAGCACUGUCUGUCUUCAGAUGCUCUCAAUGUCCCGGAUGAAGAAAGCGUCCUGCAUGCGCUGCUCCGCUGGAUGCAACACGAGCCGCAGUCGCGCAAAAUCCUUCUGCCAAAGCUGCUUCCGCAGGUCCGUCUACACCAUCUGCGUCCGUCUGCGCUGGAGGAGGCCAAGCGGCUGCUGAGCGCAGAUGGAUGCAGCAUUAGCACGAUUAAACAAGCUCUCGCAGACGUUCAUCGAUUCAGUGGCUUGUUUUGCGAUGCUCGGCCUUCUACGACAUCCAGCUAUAUUUUUGUGCACAAAACAGAGGAUGGCGGAGAGAUUCGGCAUGCGUUCUGCUACAACAUUGGUGCGGAUCUCUGGAAGGAGCUUCCAAACGACGCAGCUCUGAUUUUAGACCGGCCUGGAUCAUCUUUCACCAGUUUCGGAGAAAAACUCUUCAUCAUUGGCGGAUGCCGUGGAGAAUGUCGUCGCACUAUUCGCCUGCACAUCGCUGCGCAUCAGCAUGAUGCGAUGGACGAAGUCUGGUGCUACUGUCCCAUCACACACAGCUUCACACCAGUUCUGUCCAUGCACCACCCGCGGACGAUACAUGCAUCCGUCACCGCUCUAAAUCGCAUUUACGUAAUUGGCGGGAAAACACGCAACGCUUGCAGCAUUCUGGAUGUUGAAUACUUUGAUCCUCUAAGCGGCGUUUGGACUUCCGUUAGCCCUCUUCCCAAAGGAAUCUACUUUCCGGAAGUGAGCGCAUGCGGAAGCAUCAUUUACACGCUCGGAUCCGAGGUGGAGAUUACCGAAGCAUUUAAUCCUUCACUCGACUGUUUCUUCCGCUACGAUGCUGUUGCGGAUCAGUGGUGCCAACUAGUGGCAGAGUUCGGCCAGUUCUUCCACGCAACGCUUGUCAAAUCAGUGUCCAUCAAUGACACGCUCUAUCUAUGCGAUCUUUCUACGUAUAAAGUCUACAGCUUCUGUCCGGACAGUUGCGUUUGGAAAGGUGAAGGCUCCUUCGAAUGCGCUGGGUUCAAUGCGGGUGCCAUUGGCGUGCGGGAUAAGAUCUACAUCCUGGGUGGCGAUUAUUCUCCCGAUGAGAUUACGGACGAGGUGCAGGUGUACCACAGCGGACGGUCCGAAUGGCAGGAGGUUUCGCCGAUGCCUCGAGCGCUGACGGAGUUUCACUGUCAAGUGCUGAGCUUCAACCGCUACAGAGAUCCAUGGAGAAGAGAAACCGCAGAAACACCCUGAAUCAGACAUCUGGGGCCUCACUUAUAAAAUGUUGCGCAGAACCAUCCUAAAUUUGAUCUUUAAAUGAUCUCUUAAAUAUGCAUGCGUCAGGUGUAUUUCCUCCGAGUAGGAAUGGGAGGCAGCUAUGUUUCCAGCCACCUAUUUUUAUGCGCAUUUUGGAAUAUCGCAUAAAAACCACGGGAUGGAAAAAUCAAGAUGCGCAUAAAUUAAAAUAAUGAUCUUCAAUUUUAUAGUUUCAGCUCUCUGCCUUGUAAACAACUCUCAAUUAUAGUCAUUAAUAUAUAUAAGAUCACUAGUCAUCAUCCAGAUUCUUUAAUUUAGAACAGCGAGCUUUAAAAAAAGCUUACAUUUCCAAAAACCUGCAGUACUCGAACAAGAAAAAGUGCGUAAGUCAUCUCAGACCCUGACAGGAGGCUAAGCAUUUGCCAAAUCAGCUUUUUGUAAGCACACACACACACUCUAAGAUCAAAUCUGAGCACACACACACUUUAUAAAUGAAUGAGGCCCCUGGAAUCCAGCGUGAACCCAUCAACUUUAUUGAGGCCGUGAUGCACUAAUUCGUUUUUGUAAACGAGGUAAUGAAAAGUAAAUUGCAGCCAUGAUUUAAAGGAAUAGUUCACCCAAAAAUGAGGAUGUGCUCACUCUCAGUCCUUCUGAGAUCAGGAUGAGUUUGUGUCUUCAUCAGGUUUGUAGAAAUGUAGCACUGCACCAGUGUCUCAUCGAUGGAUGCUCUGCAGUGAAUGGGUGCCGUCAGAAUGAGAGUCUGAUAAAAACAUCCCAAUAAUCCACAGCACUCCAGUCCAUCAGUGAACAUCUGGAGAAGACAAAAGAUGAAACACAUCCAGUAUUAAGAUGAUUUUAACUCAAAUACUCUCUAUCUAGUCUAUAAUCCAUAAUAACACUUCCUCCAGUGAAAAAGUGCAUCUACUGUUGUCUCUCACAUCAAAAUCCAGACACAAAUUGGUUUAGAGCUGUUUAACGCUGUUUGAUCUGUGCAGAUUUCUCUCCUGAUUCAGACCACACUUUUACUCUGAAAGGAAGUGUUAUUAUGGAUUAUGGACUCAGAACAGCUUGAAGUUAAAAACAUCUUCCCAGGUAACAAAUUAAAGAUAUCAAAAUGUGGAAAGGUUUUGAAAUGUAUCUAAAAUAUUGAAAUGUCCAGUUUUCUUGUCGCUAUUAUAAUGUUAUUUUAAGGUUACAGAAACGUUUCCUAUGCUGUUCAUCAACUACAAACAGCAUUAUGAGGACUUUUGAGAUUGUCGAUCUCAGCUUUUUUCUUCUCCAGAUGUUCACUGAUUACGUGUGGAUUAUUGUGAUGUUUUUAUCAGCUGUUUGGACUCUCAUUCUGACGGCACCCAUUCACUGCAGAGCAUCCACUGAUGAGACACUGAUGCAAUGCUACAUUUCUACAAACCUGAUGAAGAAACAAACUCAUCCUGAUCUCAGAUGAACUGAGCGUGAGUGCAUUUCGGAUCAUUUUAAUUUUUGGCUGAACGAUUCCUUUAACUGUUCUUCAUGUCAUUCUAAACACAUUUUUUUUUCUCUUUUACUAUAAAAAGAGCACUCUCCAUACAACACUAUAUUGUGCACUAUAUUUAAAAAAAAUCUUUUGAAGGCUUUAUGUGAGGAAAAAGAGAUUUAAAGCAAAAUUUGCACACAUAUCUAAUCAGACAUAUACUGAAGUGCAUCAUUAGAGAACAUUUAAUGUAUUCAGUUUUUCAGAUUAACUACUAACAUCUUUGAGCUAACACUGCAAAUUGUAUUUCUGUAUCUUAAUGUAAAGUUGAUGCAUGGAUCUAGAGAUGCUGUAACACACAAACACACACCGUUGCAUUGCCAAAGAGUUCUUUAUUUAAACAAAUAAAACAAUGUCUUCACUCACAACAUUGCUGGUACUCCUUUGGCAGUUAAUUUGACUGUUUUUCCCAAUUUAUCACAUUAAACAUCCAGAGUAUCAAAGCAUUUAACAUUUAACACAUGACAAUAAUCCAUACGGACAAACUGUGCUGCUUUUGAAGGCAUCAUGAGACGAUCCAUCCUGACUGGCAGAUCUUCCAUCCGUCUGCAGAAACAUCAUCAUCCGGUGCUGGAGCUCAUCUUCACAGCUGAGGACGAUGAUGAGGAUGAGGAGGAGGAGGAAUGAG